GCAGCGCGUGGCGGGGGCGCCGGCUCCAUGGGCAGCGGCGCACAGCGGCACGAUGAUGGAAGUUAAUAGCAGCGGCAGCCCGGACCUCUACGGGCACCUCCGCUCUUUCUUCCUGCCGGAGGUGGGGCGCGGGCUGCCAGACCUGAGCCCCGACGGCGCCGGCCCGGUCGCGGGCUCCUGGGCGCCGCACCUGCUGCACGGGGUCGUGGAGGUGACGGCUAGCCCCGGGCCCACCCGGGACGCGCCGCGGGACAAUACCUCCGGCUGCUGGGAGCAGAUCAACUACGGCAGAGCCGAGAAAGUUGUGAUCGGCUCCAUCCUGACGCUCAUCACGCUGCUGACGAUCGCCGGCAACUGCCUGGUGGUGAUUUCGGUGUGCUUCGUCAAGAAGCUCCGCCAGCCCUCCAACUACCUGAUCGUGUCCCUGGCGCUGGCCGACCUCUCGGUGGCCGUGGCGGUCAUGCCCUUCGUCAGCGUCACCGACCUUAUUGGGGGCAAGUGGAUCUUUGGCCAUUUCUUCUGCAACGUCUUUAUCGCCAUGGACGUCAUGUGCUGCACGGCCUCGAUCAUGACCCUGUGCGUGAUCAGCAUCGACAGGUACCUUGGUAUCACGAGGCCGCUGACAUACCCUGUGAGGCAGAACGGGAAGUGCAUGGCCAAGAUGAUCCUCUCCGUCUGGCUUCUGUCCGCCUCCAUCACUUUACCGCCGCUCUUCGGCUGGGCUCAGAAUGUCAAUGAUGGCAAGGUGUGCUUGAUCAGCCAGGACUUUGGCUACACAAUUUACUCCACCGCAGUGGCAUUUUAUAUCCCCAUGUCCGUCAUGCUUUUCAUGUACUACCAGAUUUACAAAGCCGCCAGGAAGAGCGCCGCCAAACACAAGUUCCCUGGCUUCCCCCGGCCAGAGGAGCCUGACAGCGUCAUCUCCCUCAAUGGCAUGGUGAAGCUUCAGAAGGAGGUAGAGGAGUGUGCAAACCUUUCAAGACUCCUCAAACACGAAAGGAAAAACAUCUCCAUCUUUAAGAGGGAGCAGAAAGCAGCCACCACCCUGGGCAUCAUCGUCGGGGCCUUCACCGUGUGCUGGCUGCCGUUUUUCCUCCUCUCGACCGCCAGGCCCUUCAUCUGCGGCAUUGCCUGCAGCUGCAUCCCACUGUGGGUGGAGAGGACAUGUCUGUGGCUGGGCUAUGCAAACUCCCUCAUAAACCCCUUUAUAUAUGCCUUCUUCAACCGGGACCUGAGGACCACCUACCGCAGCCUGCUCCAAUGCCAGUACCGGAAUAUCAACCGGAAGCUCUCAGCCGCAGGCAUGCACGAGGCCCUGAAGCUCGCCGAGAGGCCUGAGAGACCUGAGCUUGUGCUGUAAGACAAAACUCUGACUACUGUAGAAAAAAAAGUCAUGAUUCAUGAUCAAAAGCAGAAUAAUGGAGAUGAAAUAAACAAGGCAAGACAGAGGUGGAAACAGAAUGCAAUCAUUUGCCGAGACUUCGGAAUGGAAUGCGGCGUCUGUCCUUUCUUGGGAUGGCUAAGACAUGACCAGCAAAGUAUAUCCACUGUUCUGAGUAUAUCGUGAGAGGGAUGGUGACCUCUCCUUGUGUUCUGUGGAUUCGUGCUAUUGUGUGCACGUGGAAAUGGCCUGAUCGGCUCAGCUGUAAGCGCACACACAGAACUGAGUUCCAGAAAGAACACAGUUUCUGGUGCUUUGCUUCUGUUCAAGUCUGUGCAAAUGAAGAAGUUCCCAUGCAUACUUCCCAUGCUUUUGAGUCGAGGCCUUGUGGUGAAUAUUCAGGAAUCAUUCAUGAGACAGAUGUAUUUUGCUGUGGGACAGAGGGUGUUUUCCUCAGCCCACUGUGGUAAGCCUAGUGAUGAAUACAUUGCAUGUCCACAUUAGAAAACAGAACCCUGUCAUCAGCUACUACAAAUGAUCUCCCAGAGCAGUGUCUGUUCAAAGCUUCUGUCAAACAGUUUGGCUUUUUUGCAGGGUCCCUCUGACGUCCCCACCAGCCUCCUUUCUUUGUUAACUCGCUUCUCGUUCUGGAGUAACUCAGGAACAGAGCUCAGGAUGGAGAGAAUCUUAAAAGCUGAAUAAAGUUUUUUUUUUUUUUUUUUUUUAAUCAUGCUCAAUCUUCUCCUGGGGGCUCCUGAGAGGGGAGGGGCAUUCCUCCUGUGAGGAGUUUUCCCUGGAUGGAGAGCGAGGGCUGCUUCCCUGCCCUGGACAUGAACAUGACGGUUGGCACAGAACUUGUGACUGUCCUUUACACCUGGGUGCUGUGGGCCCGCGGGCUGGCUCCUAACUGUGAGGUUUGGGGGAGGAAGGAUGGUAAUAAUGGGGUUUCCAUGCAAGGCUGUGAUGCUUUUGGAGAUGGAGCAUCCUUGUGCUAAUUCUCAUUGAGCAGCGUUGUAUGUGUGCCCCAGAGGUCACCUGGGGCAGUGUUGGGAAGCCUCUGGAGUACCAUUCUGUUCCUUCUAGAGGGUUGGUAUUUGUGUUCUCUGUAUCUGAAAUCACAUGUGUGCCUGGUCAAUUCUGUUCUUCUCCCCUGUCCCUCCCCAAAGUGAUAGAUAUUCAGGGCAGGUCAGGACAUGGAAAAGUUCCCUUUGUACUUGGCAUUUUUUUUUUUUUAAAUGGUUCUAUGUAAUAUGUAUGAGUUAGGGAGACAGAAAGUAGAUCAGAGAAGAGUAACUCUAAGGGGACAAAAUGAAGGCAAACCUUCAUUUGACAAGAGAGAAUGGAAAGAGAAUAUUAUUUUCCUGCAAUAUGUGUAGCUGUUUUCUCACAGGAUAAUGUGGAAUUCCAGCGUGGAUGGCAGAUUUCUUCCAACUUUCACUGACUUUGCUUCUUACCACACCUGAGGAAGGGUCUGCCUCUCUGAAAGGGGAGGUGGGCACUGUUCUUUCUGAUAAAGCUUGUACCAAUUCCUGAACUGUGGGUUUGCUGAAGUAACUGUAUAUACUUAUAUCCAUAAUUUAAAUGAUUCAUUCUGGUCAGGUAAAUAUUGUUAAAUUUGAAAAUGUUUUAUUACAUUACAUCAAAUAAAGUUUAUUUGUAGCUGU